CCCUUUACACGCUCGAUUCCCCCCGCCGUUUCCACGGGGGCCAGGUGCCUGCAUUACUGGGUCCGGGCCUAGCGUCAGCGCAACCGAACACGCCGGCGACCGCUGCCGCCCUUCUCCCAGCUGCCCAGGUCUUCGUCGGGCCCUUUGCCUGCGGCGUCGGCGACGAGCGCCUGCCACACCAGGAAUCCCGUUAAGUUUAUUUAUGCUCACCAAUUUAAGGGCAGAACUUACGGACCUCAAGCUCUUGGUUACUCCUGAUCUUCUCUAGGCGACUAGGCACAAUUGCCCUCUGGCAAAAUGCCAUCAGUUUAUCUUUACAUCCCUAACAUUAUCGGGUAUUUUAGGAUCAUCAUAAAUUUCAUUGCAUUUGCGGUUUGCUAUUCCAACAAGGCUCUCUUUGCUAUCCUGUACUUCAUCAGCUUUGUCCUUGAUGGUGUGGAUGGUUGGUUUGCAAGGAAGUUCAAUCAAGCAUCAACCUUUGGAGCUGUGUUAGACAUGGUUACAGAUAGGGUUAGCACUGCUUGUUUGUUGGCCCUUCUCUCCCAGUUUUACAGACCUGGUUUAGUCUUCUUGAUAUUGCUUGGAUUGGAUAUUACGAGCCACUGGUUUCAAAUGUACAGUUCUUUCUUGUCAGGUAAGACUAGCCACAAGGAUGUAAAACACACAGGCAAUUGGCUUCUGAAAUUAUAUUAUGGGUACAGGCCAUUCAUGGCCUUCUGCUGUGUUUCUUGUGAGGUUUUAUAUAUUUUCCUGUUUCUCUUUGCUGAUGAGGAGUCAACAAGCUUGCUUAGUGUAUGCAAAGGCAUCCUGAACCAAAGUCCCGUCGUUAUCUUGGUGUUUGUUUCCACUCUAGUUGGCUGGGCAGUGAAGCAAGCCACCAACGUCAUCCAGAUGAAAACUGCUGCGGACGCAUGCGUGGUGUAUGAUCUGAAGCGCAGCAAAUGAAGCAUGAAGGCAGCUUCACGGUUUAGUAUCGACAUAUCCAAGGGAAAACUCUGCGAGGGGGCGGGCUACGUCUUGCGUGCCUUGACAUCUUUCUGAUGAUGCGGUCAUAUGUGGGACCAGGGGAUGACAUGCCGUGGCCAAUGCAAACAAUUGUUUUGUGAAAGCAGCGGCCGUUAAGUUGUUGUCAGUGUGAGAGUGGUGAUGCGAUCAUGAUCCUUUUUACCUAGAGUAGCUCCCCUUUGUGUUAGCCUGAACGAUGUUUUGCAAGCCGCAUGUUCCGAACUCUAGGAUUAUUUGGAUUACAAAACUUACAUAUUCCAUCCUCAAGGCC